UCGGGGUUUUAGCUAAAACCACACGGUCUCUCUUUCUCUCACUAGGGUUUUUCUCUCUCUAACAACCCAGCUGAACCAGAUAUCUCUCCAUCUCUUCCAUUAAUACUUGAACUGUAAAAUUGAAACCCUAAUUCACUAUGAAAGUGAAAGUAAUUUCACGAUCUACCGAUGAAUUCACUCGAGAACGUAGCCAAGAUCUCCAAAGAGUGUUUCACAAUUUUGAUCCGAAUCUACGAACACAAGAGAAGGCAGUGGAGUACCAGAGGGCACUUAAUGCUGCCAAAUUAGAUAAGAUAUUUGCAAGGCCGUUUAUUGGAGCGAUGGACGGUCAUAUAGAUGCAGUUUCGUGUAUGGCGAAAAAUCCGAAUUACUUGAAAGGGAUAUUUUCUGGUUCUAUGGAUGGAGAUAUUCGCCUUUGGGAUAUAGCUAAUAGGAGAACAGUUUGUCAAUUUCCUGGUCACCAGGGUGCUGUAAGAGGUUUGACUGCCUCUACAGAUGGGAGUACUCUUGUAUCUUGUGGAACUGAUUGCACUGUCAGGCUCUGGAAUGUUCCUGUAGCUACUAUUAUGGAUUCAGACAACUCGUCUGACUGUUCAUCUGAGCCACGGGCAGUUUAUAUGGGGGAAAAUGCAUUUUGGGCUGUUGACCACCAAUGGAAUGGUGAUCUCUUUGCCACUGCUGGUGCUCAAGUAGAUAUUUGGAAUCAUAAUAGGUCUCAACCAGUGAACAGCUUUAAGUGGGGAACAGACUCAGUUAUUUCUGUCCGAUUUAAUCCAGGGGAACCAAAUCUCUUGGUAACAUCAGCAAGUGAUCGCAGCAUAAUAUUGUAUGACUUGCGUGUGUCAUCUCCAGCAAGGAAACUUAUUAUGAGGACAAAAACUAAUUCUAUUUCUUGGAACCCAAUGGAACCCAUGAACUUCACAGCUGCAAAUGAGGAUUGCAACUGCUAUAGCUAUGAUGCCAGAAAAUUGGAAGAAGCCAAGUGUGUGCACAAAGAUCACGUUUCUGCAGUGAUGGAUAUUGAUUUCUCGCCAACGGGUCGGGAAUUCGUAACUGGAUCCUAUGAUAGAACAGUUAGAAUUUUCCAGUAUAAUGGAGGUCACAGUCGGGAAAUCUAUCACACAAAGAGAAUGCAAAGGGUAUUCUGUGUCAAGUUCAGCUGCGACGCAAGCUAUGUUAUUUCAGGAAGCGAUGACACAAAUCUGAGGUUAUGGAAAGCUAAAGCAUCAGAACAAUUGGGAGUUCUACUGCCAAGGGAACAGAAAAGGCAUGAAUACAACGAAGCGCUAAAGAAUCGCUACAAGCACCUUCCUGAGGUCAAGCGCAUUGUGAGGCAUAGACAUUUGCCCAAACCUAUAUACAAGGCUGGUGUCCUUCGCCGUGUAAUGAUUGAAGCUGAAAGGAGGAAAGAUCAAAGGAGGAAAGCUCACAGUGCCCCGGGAAGCAUUGUAACUGAACCAAUGCGAAAAAGAAGAAUUAUUAAAGAAGUUGAUUGAGUCAUGUAUGUUGGCUAGAGUAUCUCCAGUUGGAUCUUACACAGUCAAGUUUGCUCCUCGGCUUAAAGCUAGCACCUUAACGUUUGUUUUAUGUGAUCCCAAAUUUUGCCGAUUCUUUCAUUGUAAUUCAAAGCGAGAAGAAACCAUGUGAGGUUGAGGGUCGAGAGAACCAGCUCCAUUGAUGCACCGUAAUGUUAAUUGUCAUAUGAUAAUUUUGUGGCUAAUUUUUGGCAUGAUUGUGGCUAAUUUUUCUUCAGUA